UGGCCAGAGUUUCUCUCCUCCCUCCAAGCAUAUUGGAUUAAUGAACAGUAAAACGGACGCUUAACAGUAGUGCUGGUCAAGACACAGAAUGGCUGCCCUGCGUCGACUGAGGAAAUGCCCCUCCACAGGCAUCGUUAUCUCUCAUCUUCACACUAGCAGCCGUGCCUCUGCCAAACAGCAUUACAAAAUGCUUGUGCUUGGAGGAGGGAGUGGGGGCAUCACCAUGAGUGCACGGAUGAAGAGGAUGAUGGGAGCUGAGAAUGUGGCUGUUGUGGAGCCCAGUGAGAUGCACUACUAUCAGCCAAUAUGGACCCUGGUUGGUGCUGGUGCAAAAUCUGUCGCCUCGUCAGGUCGUCCCACUGCAAGUGUUAUGCCGCCUGGAGUGAAGUGGGUGAAAUCCAAAGUUCAGGAAAUAAACCCAGACACGAAUACUGUACGCACAGACGAUGGGACUGAAAUCUCCUAUGAAUAUCUGGUUGUGGCUCUUGGUUUACAACUCCAUUAUGACAAGAUCAAAGGACUGCCAGAAGGGCUUGAACAUCCANAGAUUGGGUCAAACUACUCGAUCCAAACUGUGGAGAAAACAUGGAAAGCCUUGCAGAACUUCAAAGAGGGCAAUGCUGUGUUCUCUUUUCCAAACACUCCUGUGAAAUGCGCUGGAGCUCCACAAAAGAUCAUGUACCUAUCAGAUGCCUUUCUCAGAAAGACAGGAAAAAGGGCAAAGGCCAAUGUAAUAUACAACACUUCCCUGCCUGUGCUGUUUGGGAUCAAGAAAUAUGCUGACUCACUGUGGGAAGUUGUGAAACGCCGUGACCUACAAGUGAACCUCAGGCACAACCUGAUUGAAGUGCGGGCAGACAAGCAAGAGGCUGUGUUUGAAAAUCUUGAUAAACCAGGAGAAACCAAAGUGUUUGAGUAUGAAAUGCUUCAUGUUACACCACCAAUGGGACCCCAUUCGGUGGUUAAAGGAAGUCCACUGGCUGAUGAGGCUGGAUGGUUGGAUGUCAACAAAGACACCCUACAACAUAACAAGUAUCCCAAUGUGUUUGGGAUUGGUGACUGCACUAACCUGCCCACAGCAAAAACUGCCGCAGCUGUUGCUGCACAGUCUGCAAUCUUGAACAGAACUAUCAGCAAAAUACUGAAAAAUGAGAAGCCAGAUAAGAAGUACGACGGGUACACGUCGUGUCCGUUGGUCACAAGCUACAACACAGUCAUUCUGGCAGAGUUUGACUACAAUGGACAACCACUAGAAACGUUCCCCAUCAACCAAGCCAAAGAAAGAAGAUCAAUGUACCACAUGAAGGCUGAUGUGAUGCCUCACCUCUACUGGCAUGGCCUCCUCCGGGGCCUGUGGGGUGGACCAGGACCUUACAGGAAGCUCUUUCAUCUGGGAAUGAAAUGAAACAUCACCAUCAGCUUGCAUACUGAAAGUAACUAAACCUUCAGGAAAAAACAUGACAUGACAUUCAUCAUGUCAUAAUCCCCAAAGGAUGGAUACAUGUGGCUACAGUGUUAAUAUUUGUAUCUUGAACAUCAUGAUUAAUCCCAACUAGUUUAAUCAACACAGUCAGUGUUUAAAUGUGAAAGCUCAUUUAAACCUGCAUGAAGGUAAACUUUUUGAUUUUAUCCUGGAAAUAAAUGAGUCCCACGACCCUAGUGAGGAUUAGGUGGUGUAUAUAUAAUGGAUGGAUGGCUGCAAAUAAAUGAGUGCAGUGCGGGAGGUGCUCGUAGCGGCUUAUAGGUCAAUCUUGUGUUCUUAUGACUACAUAUUAAAUGGCAGGUCUUGCUGCUUUCACACAUUCCAACAAGCAAUAAGAUAAGUAUCGGAGCUGAGAACAAAAUUUUGUUGAUCGUUUUUAUUCCAUGUUGAUUUAAAUCUCUGGAUGGUCCGGUGUACGUGGAGUAGAAAGUAUGUUUCUUAAAAAAACACACAAGCUAAGACUGACUCUUGGUGCAAUGUGUUGACAGUAGUCACUACGUGUUUUCUACAAAUACACUAAUUUCAAGACUGCUACAUUUAAAAUUGUGUCUGUUAAUGGAAGUCAAUCAUGUUGUUCCAUCGUGGUAUGAUUUUAACAGGAUUCAUUUCCAUGUAGCUGAAAAACUAAACAGUUCAUUCUUUAAAAACAUGGUAAGAGUUGUCUUUGAGGAUGUUUGACCAUCAACAUGUAAACUACCACAAGUGCUUCUGCUCACAUUUAAACAUCAGUGUCUUGAAAUAGUGUUGUGUACAUAGUGAUUAUUUUUCUUAAAUUAUUUUUCUAUUAUCAGUGCUAAACUGAGUUAGAAAUAUCUUGGGAGCUAUACAAUCAGUGCUUGUAUCAUUGUAUUUUUAAAAAAAAGCUACAUUACUCUUUAAUCAUUAAAAUGGCUGUAAAGUCAUAAACCUGCUGUGAUUGUUCUACUGAGGUAAAAACAGAUACCUAUGCAGCGUUGUUUCAACAUUGUUGGACUUGAUGGUAUUUUCAUUAAAUCAGAAAAUUACAAUAUGACAUGUUA